AUUACUUUGCUUUCUCUAGCACUGUAUUUCGAAGUAAAAACCCUGUUGAAAUUAAUAAUUUCGACCACGAAUUGUAUAAAUUACAAUGACAAUUAUUGGUCUCACUUGAAGGCUAACAGUUCACGAUUAUAUAAGUGUAUUUCUAUCCAAGAAUAGAUAAUAAAGGUGAUGGAAAGAGGUAGCGGCGUCAACGACAUGGGUCGAAGAGCCGGAGAAUUUGCUCGGCGGAUCCAAAGAAUCAUUGAUGGACCGAUCACGAGGAAGAAAUUAGUGUUGCUAUGCCUUGUUGCAGUAUUCUUACUGUUAUAUAUAGGGCCAGGAUUAAUGAAUUGGUUGUUUGGGUCCGAAGACGCUGUUUCACAGCAGAAUGUGUGUCAGAGAAACUUCCUAAACCCAUUCCAAGACGCUCUUAAUGAGUACGAUGUGUAUGUAAGGCAGGAGUCUCUGGCCACGCUGUCUACUUUAAGCUAUAACUAUGUGCCUUAUGCAGGUAACGGUCUGAUUGGCCUUACUUUAGAACAUGACUCGCAUCUCAACAUCAAAUUUGGUCGUUCCUUAUCUCUACCAGUGUAUUAUCAUCCUCUAUAUAUAAUAGAAGAUUAUGACAUAAGGGAGUACACUGUUACAGAGUAUAAAAAAGGGAUCGUCCAUAGAUUUCAAUGUAGUAAUGAAGGUUUACAGAUCUCAUACAAGUAUUAUGCACAUAGAACAAUACCGUCAUUGUUUGUACAAGAGAUAUGGGUAAACAAUCCUACGAACACUGGUAAGACAUUACGGAUGUCUAUGCCAAGGAUAUCGGAGUGGCCGACAGCUGUUAAACAAACAGUAAAAUUACAUCAGGGUGUUGAUACAAAGGAGUAUGAAGUGUACACAGGUAUGGUACAACUGCCUGAUAGUGAGUAUGUUGUGGCUGUAUCAGUGGUGAGUAGAAAACUCAGUAAUAAUAUUCAAAUUGGAGCUCGGGAUGGUAUAGACAUCUUAGUACUAACUACCGUCCAGUACAGCAGUCCAAUCAAGAAAGCGGACUAUGCUAAACACAAGGAUGUGGUUGAAAAGAAGGCAAUAACAGAAAUGGAGAAGGUAAUUGGUCUAACAUGGGAUAGAGCAGCUAUCAGAACUCUACAAGAUAACCACAUCAGAGUCUGGCAAGCCCUUUGGUAUACUGGCUUUUAUAUAUCAGAUUCGAAAGCUGAGGGAGUUAUUAAUGGAGACCGCAUAAAUGCUACCAUAUAUACCAUCCUAUCACAGGUACGUAGUUAUGAAAAUGAGGAACAUAUAAAAUCUGCCAGAAAAUCUGAAAUACUAAGAACACUGACUUAUUCAGAAGGCUGUUACGAAGGUCAUUCUACGUUGGAUGCAUUGAACUUAUGGAAGCCUUUAAAUUCAUUGUCAAGUAUAAAUGAUGUAGCUAGUAUUUGGCUGUUAACAUUGGAAAAACAGGGCUGCUACAAACUGCUAGCUGCUGGCGCCAGUGGGGUCAAUCAAGCAAUGAUACUUAGUUUUGGAAGUUUGCGUUUCAGUAACCAACAUUUAGAAUACAACAUACACCCCUCUAAAUUGCACAGAGACUUCCUUUUUAGGCGCGUCACAUAUGGGAACAUGACUCAUGUGAACAUAAGUGUAAUUCUCCAGGAAGAUAACAAAGCAGCUAUUUUUGUAGCCUUAGACAGGUCUGACAAAACAUACUAUGCUUGCGAUGCAGGCUGUCUAGACUCGCCUGUCCAGUUGGGGCCUUACAAGAAGUAUUUCCCUGUUAAACUGACUGAACCGUUGACAGCAAUAUUGUAUAUAACUGCCGAUAAGCAGCAUAUGGAAGAUCUAAGGCAUGCAAUACACGUACAUGAAGUGGCGGAAGCUCCGGCACAUGAGAACCAUGUUAUAGCGUUACACAAGCAUGGUUAUAGCUUAGGGGGUUUGAACCCUCUGUUCUGGAUUUCGAUAAUACUUUUAAUAGUGGUCUUCCAUUUGUUCCUGUGUAGAAUAAUUAUGAAUGAGUUUUGUGAUAGUGGAGUCAGCUACAGGAGGCUAUAUAAUAAACCUUGACAAGUCAUAAGUGAUGCCUUAUAAAGUGUUUGGGACACCAUUGAUGUCCAGUGACGAUGACUGAAUACAACCAGUAUCUUUUAUACAUAUUUGGUUUCUAAAACUGUUGGUUUUGGUAACGGAAUAUAAAGAUGCUGAGUUAAAGUGAGUAAUCGAAGAAAUAUAGACAUAUAUGUUGAGAAAUGCUAUUCCAAUCGCGAGCGUUGAUUAAGAGCCUUUUAAAUAUAUUUAGGUAUAUGAAUAAAGACAUAAUUUAUAAUUCAUACCAAUUUAUAAUUAUUUAAUUUAAUCAUUUAUACAUUAUAUUUAUUUUUCGGUUAAUAAAUACAUAAACUGUAUGUUUAUCUGGACUCUGGGCCAACAUAUUAAACAUGAACCCCCACACAUUUACUCCUACCGACGACGCUGUUCUAUUGGCUCAUAUGCUGCUACGUCCCGCCCGCUUUGCAUAUGGGCCAAUCCAAUGGCGUCGUGGCUCGGACCGUAUGGACUGAACCUGUGUUACAUUAUCGCAGUCCAUCAAUUGAAAUGGUUUUGUAUUGACAU